AUGGGACGUGAGGAGCAAGGAAGGACUUGGUGCAUGGAUUCAGCUCAACCGCACAAGCUUAGGAUGAAGAAGGAAGCCAUCUUGAAGACAGCUCGACCCAUCUACUCGACCAACCGGUCGAGUUCCUCAACUCGACCGGCCAAGCUUCAACUCGAUCGAGCUGAGAAGUCAACAGUCAAACCCGAAAAAUGUUGCUUCCCCCUUGACUUGUCUUUGACCCUAAACCUAAAUCCUCUU